GUCUUAUGUCCAGGCACGCAAACCGAACACACACGUUUGAGUCUUUUGGUGGUCAAGGUGCGAGAGUGUCCGUUUCUCCAUACGCUGGGACCCUUUCGUCCACACACGAGCGAUCGCGACACAGUCACAGCAUCGUGUAGAUCAGGCUCUGACUGGGCCAAGAGAAAUGAGUAUGAAGAAUAGCUGACCUUCAUUGCUUGCUCACCACGCCUGUCUCCUCAAGGAUCGGGUGGCCGCUCCAGUCCGCCUGAGGGAGACAGACUCGUCUCUCCUGGCGGCCGCCCGUGCGCAUGAUGCAGCCAAGCUUGCGGCCUUCACGCGCAUUCAGCGCACGGGCGCCCUCUCUACGUCGGCAAGCCGGCAAGUGCAGCUACCUGUCCGAUUGGGCGGCCUUGGACUGGUGUCGUCUGCGCGUGUGGCACCGGCUGCUUAUCUUGGGUCCGUGGCCGUCACUGUGGGGGAUGUGUGGGAUCGAUUCCGUGGGCACCCCUGGAUGCCCGAGUCAGAAGCCUCUCUUUUCCAGCUGGAAUGGCUCGUCUCGGCAGCAUCCGCCCGCAUCGGUUUCUCCGCAUCCCUCCCCUCUGUCGCCAUCCCCCCUCUCGAGCAGCUCGUCGCACGCCCGCAGGCUCGGCUGCAGCAGAAGAUUUCCGAGGCCCUCGCGAAGAAGGAUUUUGACACCCUGUUCGAGGGCUUCCCCGUCGGCAGCCGCGAUCGAUGCCGCCUUCUUUCCUGCUUGGGGCCUCUGUCGUCCGGCUGGCUAUCGGCUAUCCCCGGAUAUACUCGAGGUGACAAGCGCAAGUGCCUGAACAACUUCCACUACCGCAUGGCCACUGCCCUCACCCUCGGCCUCCCCUUCCCCCUCGCCAACCUGUCGUCCCUAUGCACGUGCAGGGCGGCUGUCGACGCACUGGGUGACCACUUUUUCCUCUGCCACCAGACGACGGCCGAGCGGCUUUUCAAGCACAACACUCUGCUGGACGUCUUCAAGUCCAUCCUGGCGGAAGUCGGCAUUCCGGCCGUCACAGAGGUGACCCUUCGCUCCCUCGGCAUCACCCCACCCGACUCCGACCCCAACAGCCAGCGCAUGGACCUCUUCUUGACAGUGGACGGGGAGGACAUCCUCGCCGACGUCACCGUGCGCCAUCCAUGCCGGCCCGACAACUCCAUCGCCCACCACCGCUCCGUCAACCGCACCAACAGCCGUCGGCCAGGAGGUGCCGCGGCGGCCUCGGGGGAGAGGGAGAAGGACCGUAAGUAUGGGGCCAAUUGUCGGCGGCAGGGCUACACGUUCAUCCCCCUCGCGGCGGAGACGUUCGGCCGUUGGGGCGAGGGGACUCUCACCCUGCUUCGCCGCCUGGCGCGACGCCGCGUCGCACCGCCCGCCAGCUCUGCAGAAGAUCGCGCGUUUCUCCAUGAGGGCGUCAUGAAUCAUUGGGGGCAGUGUUUGUCGGUGGCGCUGAUGAGGUGGAAUGCUUUUCAAGUGUCCUGUCGUGCGCAUCGUGUGGCAGAUGCUCGAGCACAGCAACGGGCGGGCCUGUUUCCUGAGGACCUCAUUUGUCGAGGGCCCUACAGGGCACAAACCCGCACUUUUGUCUGCCAGGACCGGCCGUGAGGGGCAUGUUUGGGUGUGUGGAUGUGAUGUGGGUGAUCGAUGGUGUGGUGUGGGUUUGGCUGUCGUGUGUUUGAGGGUGUUUGAAGCCGCUGGUGCCUGAUGUGUAUGGAGUGAUCUCGUGUGGUUUGCUUGUCUUGCCGUCGUCUUGCCGUGUGUGC